UGUCCUUUUUAAGGUGCAUAGGACUCUUGUCUUUCUAAUCAGUGUAUCAUUUAAUUCUGUGGCACUUUCCUCUAAUAAGCUUUUGAUCUCUUUAAAUCCAGAUGGUCACCAGGACAGAGGGUCAGAUUGCUGAUUCUUUAAUUGGUGGCAAUGCUUCCACUGAAUGCACUGACGAGGGAACAGAUCCCACAGUUGUCACUGGUGUCGAUAUAGUAAUGAAUCACCAUCUUCAGGAAACUAGCUUUACAAAAGAGUCCUACAAGAAGUACAUUAAGGACUACAUGAAAGCAAUCAAAGCCAGACUUGAGGAACACAAACCAGACAGAGUAAAGCCUUUCAUGACAGGGGCUGCAGAGCAAGUCAAAUACAUCCUUGCAAAUUUCAAAAAUUAUCAGUUCUUUGUAGGUGAGAACAUGAAUCCAGAUGGCAUGGUGGCUCUCCUGGACUUCCGUGAGGAUGGAGUAACUCCCUAUAUGAUUUUCUUUAAGGAUGGUUUAGAAACAGAGAAGUGUUAACAAAACCGAGCAACUAUUUUGGAUUCACCUUGUCAUAACUUGCUGCUGCUGCUCUUUCCUCAUCAACACAACACCAGGACUCAGCAGUGUCUAGCAACUGGACUGAUACCAUCUUGAGCUUUAUUCACUUACUUGACCCUGAUUUGGAGUGGAGGCAUUGUUUUAAAAACUUGUCAUGUAGGUUGUCUAAAAUAAACUCAUUAAACCCAUUCUAGGUCA